UGAACCUUCAUCGUGAGAAAGCGUUAAAACGGUGUCCAGUCUUCUUUCAAGCGAUCUCCAAACCUGUCCUUUGUACGUUUCGUGAUUUCGCUCUUUUAAUACCUACCUCGCUGAUGAACAUCUCCUUUAAAGUGGUGUUUAAACUCAGAUGGUCGCGCCCAGUUAAGGGCGUUUCAGAAUGAACGGAUCGUUCACCAUUAACCGCCUCAGCCGCCCAUAGGGAGCUAACGUUAGCUGUGGACAAGCGGCUAGCUGUAGCCAGUUGGUAACAGCGAACCGUCGACUUGACGUGUCUUUAGCGACGGUACUUACAAAAGUAACGUUAACUCUCCUGGCGACCUCAUAAGCAGCAAGAGGAGGGGAUUCAACAAAAUCGUGUAACGUCUGAGAAGAGAUGGAUGGAGACGACUGCAGUUUUCCUCCGGAUUCAUCAGAUGAUCACUCGCAAAGAGGAAGUGUUGCUUCUUCGGCAACACUUUUGCGUGCUCAAGAUGUGCUCGUAUACAUCAGUGGGGACAGUGCCGUGCACUUAACGGUAGAAGGGCUCGGCAGUGUGUCCGUGCAGGAGUUGGGACGCAGCGUUCGCGAGGCGGUCCGUAUUCCUGACUCUGCGCAGGAUGCGUUUGCCUUUUGGCUUUGUUCUCCACUGCUUGAAUUGCAGUUAAAGGCAAGACAUCAACCAUACAAACUGUGUCGGCAGUGGCAGGAUUUGCUGUAUCGCUUCACUGAGGCCUCAGAAGAAGAUAUCUCACAAGAUGAACCAUGUCUCCAGUACCGUCGGAACGUCUUUUAUCCUAAAUCUAAAGAGCUGCAGAUAGAGGACGAGGGUGUGCUGAGGCUUCUGUACGAGGAGGCCAGGGGAAAUAUUCUGACGGGGCGCUACCCCUGCGACCCCGAGCACUGGACUGGUCUGGGAGCCUUGUCUCUCGCUCUCGAUGAGGGAACCGGUCUUGACGGGCAACAAUGUAGUACUACCUUGAGAAAGAAGAAGCUGUCUUCUUUUCUGCCUGCACAUGUUGCCAUGGGAACUGGAGGUUUGCUUUCCACUCUGAGAGGGAAGUCGAACCGUCAGACGGAGCUGGAACAGAAACUCAUGGAGGAGUACAGAAAGAUCAGCCCACCUGCUGGAAACUCUGCAGAGCCCACACAGCUCUUACACCAGUACCUCAACACAUGUCACACUCUGCCUUAUUACGGGUGCGCUUUCUUCUUUGGGGAAAUUGACAAACCAGCACAAGGGAUUCUGCAGAGGGCCAAACGCAAAGCUGUCAAUGUCGGGAUCUGCCUGGAGGGAGUUUAUGUGAUGGACGUCAAAGAGAAACAUGUGCUGCUUGGCCUGCAUUUCAAUGAGCUUUCCUGGGACCACAGCUACCCUGAGGAGCAGGGGGACUCGCACAUUCUGUGGCUGGAGUUCGAUGGAGAUGAAGACGGCACUCCUGUCAACAAGUUGCUUAAGAUCUACUCAAAACAGGCAGAGCUGAUGAUCGGCUUCAUUGAGUUCUGUGUGGAGCUGAAGUCCGUGUCCGAGGGAGGAGCUGCAGCGGAAAUGGACGGUGAGGGGGGUCUGUCUCAGCAGCCUGCUGAGGAGGACGGCAGCAACAAGAGCGCACGAGGAGGACGCCGCGGGAUGCUGCGCAGGCAAAGCAGCGUGGUGUGCAGUCGGGUGCACUCGCUUAAUACAAUCAGCUACGUGGACAAUGGAAAAGAAAUCAAACGCUUGAAGCCGAAAAGAGCUGCGUCCUUCUUCACCCGCCAGGUGUCUGCUCCCUCAUACUCAGCUGUGCAAGUGACGGAGAAUCUGGAGCAAGGUUAAACUCGAUGUUUGGCUCAGCCCCCUGCCUCUCGAAGACCAAACCUGAACACUGUACACCGAGAUGUAAAAAGACACUAAAAGGAUGACAUACAAAUAUGCAAAGGACCAAGCGAGGGAUCCAGGUGUGAGUGAUGGUAUUUAUCUUUUUGAAGUGUGUGUGUAUCAAGAGAGGACAGUAAUGUGAAAAAACAAAUGAUCUCCUAACUCGUAUGCUUCCAAUGUUAAACUGAAUUGGCCGUUCAUUAUGGCCUUAAGUAAAGACAAUACAGCGUUCUCCUUCAUGAGACCAGCCACACAACUGUAGACAACAACAACUCAAAUUGAUGAGUGAAUAGAAUCUCAUGGCAGUUUUGACCCUUCAGCAGCACUCUGGAUCUGUUUUUACUAGAACUUGUUAAACCUCGUUAGAGUAUAACCACUGCAUUACUUUCGUUUACUCGUAUUGGGGGUUGGAUAUCAAGAACAUCAGGGGACAAACUUAAAGGCAUCUUACUGAUCGAUAAGAGUAGGAGCACAUUAUUUGUGUUUUUGAAGUUUCUUGUAAGCACAGGAUUUAAUAUUUUUUUUUGAUGAUAUCCACAACUAGUCAUUGUGGUGAGAAAGUGCAGUUCGGACAUCACACUUUAAAAAAAUAGUUCUGAAUGAAUGUGAUAAAAUAGACAUUUUACGGCAUCAAGUUUUAAAGUUAAAAUGAUCCAUUAUCAAGUCCUCAUUGGAAAGCUUGAAUUGAUUUGUACCAAUUAAACACUCAAAUUGGAGUCAAGGACCACAUAAACCAAACGGUACGAAUAACAAGAUUAUCCAAUUGAAAGCUGUCGUCUGGCAAUUUAUUAUUGCACCAGGCUCCUAUUCCUCUUGGUGAAUGGCCAGCAUUUCGUAUUCAAUUUAACUUCCAAAUCGCAAAAGUUAACUUUGAGAAAUUAAAACUGCAGCCUAGAAGAUUUGCCAUUAGAAAUGUUUUUUUUUCUCAUUCACACGAUCAUAUGAGUAAUUUGAAAAAGGUCGAGGAACGCUACCUUUUGUAUCAAAGUGUUGUUGACGUCUGUUUUCACAUUUUUUCAAAGGAGUAGAGGGGUUAUUUAGUCUAAAAUCAGCACACUUUAUUCCUUGUUGAAGUACAUACUGAUUAAAUUAUUCUAAAACCUAUAAAAUCCCCAAUUUCUGAGCAAGUGCUUUACUGGACAAGACUAUGUACUCUGUGCAUAUGACAGCUUACAUGACCCUGUUCAAAUCUCAGUCUGUAAACUAAAGCCUCUCUAAUGUGCUGCAUCACAGUAAGCUGCUGUAACUCUCCACAGGAGACGGCCGGGUCCACCUCGUGGCCGAGUCCUCGGAGUGUCCUCUGAACUUCACCCUACUGCUGAUACAGGCACUUCCUGUCUUUGCUGUACAUUUAACAAACGCGUUCACCUCAACAAUGGCCAUUUGUAAAUCGGCCUUCCCUUGAUUUGAGAUACAGAGGAGUCGUGUGUUCUCCCUGAUUCUCUUGAGCGUGAAACCUGCAGAAUAUUUUUUAUUUUUAUACGUUUGGACAUAAAUGUGCAGCAGCCCAAUAUAUUGUUGCUAACUUAACACUAUGCAUGUCACAAUGUAGAGUAGGCAUUCCACAGCAGACCACACUUCAUGUGAUACUGCACUAUUGAAAACUAAUACACUGUUUAUGAACCCUUUUUUGUAUUGUUUGUUGGCUAUUAUGACAGAACAUUUUUUAUUUCAUUUACGAAUACUCACCGGUUUAGUACACAAUGAAAAAAUUAGUUAUUGAAAGUGUUAUCUUCUUCUUCUGCAGAACCAUUAAGUGCCUUGAUUGUUUGCACCGAGUGGGGAUCUGAAUGACCGUUGGAAACCACGGAUGGACUGAUUUAAAAAAAAAAAAAAAAACGAAUUGGUUUUGUAAUAUAUUUCACACAUUUUCAGCCUGUACAUUUCAUUCUCCCUGGCUGAUGUGCGACUGUUGAUUAGCUGCUUAACAACACUGGGCUACUGUUGAACAGUGCACUGUGAUUCCUCUGCACCCAGGGGUCAGUUUGCCUUUAUAAAAAUAUCUAUGCCUUCUAAUAAAUGGGUAAAAAGCGUGUUUAAUACUUCCUGCCUUGAUGUACUGAUGUCAUUUUUUUCUUUAACUGACACUAACUGUUAUUUUGUGGGAUUUUGUUGCAAUAUGUUUUGUAUUUCUAUACAUUUUGACCCGUUGUACAGUAAGUGCUGACAAUUGCUGUUGAUGAAAGCCUGAUGGGGAAAAUGGGUCAUGCUCUGGUUUGAGGCACUGAAUAAGGUGGGAACUUAAUUUAAACAUAUUAAAACAGCUUUGGUCACAAUGUAUUUUCCUUCAUUAACUUUAAUUAUGUGAUGGUUGUUCAGUGUCUUCCCAAAAAGUUCAAUUGUGUUUCUGACAGCCCCAAUAUGAUAACUCACCAACCCAUGUACUGCUACAUAUAUUGGUUGUGUAAUGUGCAGAAAUGUAAGUGAUGCAACACUGUUAAUUCCAAAAUGAUUUAAUAGGCAAUUUGACUAUAAAUAAUUACUAUUAUCAAAGGCCUGAGUGAAUCACAGGAUAUUAUUCUCUUUUUGAUGAAUUGAAUGAAUUUUGAUUGAAUUGUCCAUGAUGCAAUAUAUCUUUUUUGCUAUAUUUUUAAUCAUUGACCAAUAAAAUUUAAUUGUUUUAAGACAAAACCAGAAAAGCUGUAUUUUUUUGUUUAGGUUUCUUCUUUUCUAGUUUCCAUUUCAGCAUCUUAGGCUCAGGUUUUUCUCUUUUAUGGUAAACAUUUUUGUUGUAUGUGUACGAUUAGUAAUGUACGAUUUAGCACUGAUUCCUGCUGCCUGAUUAGGAUUGAGUUAUGGUCAACUACUAAACUUGUUUCAGCUUUCUUCGUUAUUGUUUACUUAAAUUCUAUUCCUAAAUGAAUGUACUUAUUUUCAUGGGAGCAUUGACAAUGCAGCCUAU